GCGCCGCCCGCUGGUGCCCGGACAGCCCCGGACUGUUUACGGGGAUACCGGCGGCAGGAGGCGAUGAGGCUGAGGACCUGUCACCUCGUGUUUCCGACUCUUUCUGCGUCGAUUUAACCGCUCUUAAAGGCCGAUUUCGCGGAUCGGGGUCGGCGCUUCGUGGUCGCCGGGGGGCAGCGAGCGGGCUUUGCUGGAGCUCCAGAGGAGACGGGGCCUGACAGGGAUCAACACCCACCUCACCCCCCCCCCCCGGGCUGUCAGUGACAGAGGGAUCCUCACUCCACCCCCCAGGCUGUCAGUGACAGAGGGACCCUCACCCCCCCGGGCUGUCAGUGACAGAGGGAUCCUCACACCCCCCCACCCCCUCGGGCUGUCAGAGAGUGUGAGUCCGGAUCGCAGCCGCUUAUCCCCGGUCUGUUUGUGUGAGGGACCCCUACCUCCUCCUCCUCCCCGCAAGGUGUCUAGAGGAAAGCUGGAGAAAAUUCUAAUCUCGAACACUGUCCCUGGACACCACCCACAACUGCCGGCCUUGUCUCCUUAGUUGUUUAUUUAGUUUAUUGAACAAUUUCCUUUCUGGAUAGCUUCCACGCUUAUGCUCAUUUUUUAAAAAGAUGUAAUUUUACAUCUCAAUUUGCUGUGGAAUCUUUUGCUCUCUUAAGAUUUUGUUUUCUUUAAUAAGGCGUAAGAAAGCGACCUUAGAAAACCCCUCGUUGAAAUUUCCACGUUGUUGAUGUGUGAGGAUCUUUAGGCGAAAACAACUGAUCUGUCUUGAAUCUUUAGUCUGCCGCACCUCUUGUAGAGUAGCUGUACUGUUGACUUCGGGGACUUUGUUUCCAAAAUUUAAUGGAAAGUGUCCCUGUGUUAUUUACAUAGAAUAGAAAAUUGUUUAGGAAAGUUUUUUUUAUUUUUUUCCGUUUUUGAAUCGUUGAAAUAAUGGGAGGUUUGAAGAGAAAAGACGCUGCGAUUUGGCAGCAAACCAAAGCACUUUUAUACAGAAAUUUUCUCAUAAAAAAGCGGAACAAAGAUCAGACUUUACAGGAAUUGCUUUUACCGCUCUUUUUAGUUUUUGCUUUGGUUUGCUUAAGUGUGCUUGUCCCUCCACAACUGUACUUGAAGACACUCACCAGUGAGCCUGAGGAGCUGGAUAAUUUUGUACAACUGGACUACAGACUUGGUUAUACGCCAGUGAACAAUCACACCAAGGAAAUCAUGGCGGAAGUAGGGGCACUGCUUGAAAUGGCACCUUACGGAUUCAAAGAUGAACAAGCAAUGGAACAAGCUUGCUGUUCACAUACCUCUAGACCAUUGUUGGGAGUUUCGUUCAUCAAUUCUUUCUCUUAUCAACUUCGGUAUCCCUAUAAUAAAGUUCCACGUACCAAUGAAAGGAUUGACUUCAUCGAUGAGAAAGCAAGUUGCCGUUUGGAUUCUGCCUCCUUAAGUCAACUGAAGGACUGUCCUGGUGCAUUGUACCUGUUAUCAGGAUUUGCAACAAUACAAAAACAUAUUGAUGUUGCCAUCAUUAAGACACAAACCAAUUAUUCUGUCUGGAAGGAUAUUAUGCCUCUACACAUACAAAUGAUGGGCUUACCAAGUCAUGUUGGUGCAGAUAUCUUUUCACAUUUUGUCACUUCUCUCUAUUUUGUUAUUGCUUUUGUGCCCUUUAUCAAUUUUCUGCUGAUCAACCUUGUAACAGAAAAAAAGGAAGUGAAAGAUGUGAUGAAGGUGAUGGGACUUUAUGACUCUGCUUUCUGGCUUUCGUGGGGCUUGCUCUACAUGGUUUUAAUUUUCAUUCUGUCCUUGCUGAUGGCCGUCAUUGCCACUCAGACAUCUCUGUUUCCAAGAAGCAGCAUAUUGAUCGUCUUUCCAUUGCUAUUCUUGUUUGGGAUUUCCAUAAUUCCCUUUUCAUUUUUGUUGACUCCGCUUUUUAAGAAUCAGAAGAUUGCUGGUUUGGUUGGAUCCUUAAUGCUCAUGGGUUUUGGAUUGUUUAGCCUUCCUACAAUCCUGGUCAGAGACUUUCCAGUGUCUGCUGUGUGGGGACUAUGUAUAUUUUCCCCUAGUGCCUUAGCCAUUGGAAUUGCACAGGUUGUGCUUCUUGAAGCUAUUGGUGAUGGUGCUCAGCCCUCAAAUCUGUCAGCAAGCCCAUUCCCUUUAUACAUACCUCUUUUCAUGUUAGUCCUCGACAGUUUCCUGUAUCUACUUAUUGCUGUAUACCUUGACCAAGUUCUCCCAGGUGAAUUUGGGCAACGUCAACCCUUUUUCUACUUCCUUAAACCCUCAUACUGGUUCCAUAAACAAAAACAUUAUGUUAACAUUGAUUCAAUUAGUGAAAAUGAGUUUGGCCUUGGACCUGUAUUUAAUGAGGUGGUGGAAGCAGUGCCUGCAGAACUUAAAGGAAAAGAAGCAAUCAGGUUAAAAGGUGUUCACAAGUUAUAUAAAGGAAAAGAGAAAAAAGUAGAAGCACUGAAAGGUUUGUCAUUUGAUAUUUAUCAAGAUCAGAUCACAGCACUACUGGGUCACAGCGGAACUGGGAAAACAACAUUAAUCAGCAUUCUUUCUGGACUGUGUCCUCUGUCAGAUGGUUGUGCAACAGUUUAUGGAUACAGAGUUUCUGAAUUGGAUGAAAUAAUUCAGAUCAGAAAGAUGAUGGGGGUUUGUCCACAGUUUGAUGUCCUAUUUUACAGUCUUACAGUAAAGGAACAUUUAAAAAUUCUUGCUAUGAUAAAAGGAAUCACAGCACAGGAAAUUGAUAAAGAGGUGCUGAAUGUCAUAAAAGAACUGGAUAUGGAAACGAUUAUGGAUGUCCGUGCAGAAAAACUUAGUGGUGGACAAAAAAGGAAACUUUCAAUGGGGAUGGCAAUUUUGGGAGAUCCUAAGGUUUUACUACUUGAUGAACCAACUGCUGGGAUGGAUCCUUGUUCGCGACAGCAGGUGUGGGCAUUGCUGAAAAAGCGGAAAAUAGGAAGGGUCAUACUGUUGACUACUCACUUCAUAGAUGAAGCUGAUAUUCUGGCGGAUCGUAAAGCUGUCAUCUCACAAGGGCAGCUCAAAUGUGUUGGCUCCUCGCUGUUCCUGAAAUCAAAAUUUGGUGUGGGCUAUAACCUCAGAAUGUCUGUAAAUGAGUCCUGCUACCCUGAUAAAGUGACAUCAUUGGUCAAAUAUCAUAUACCAAAUGCUGAAUUUUCACAAUUGCAUGAGCUGGAUCUGGCAUAUACUUUACCUCUUCAGGAUGUUAAUAAAUUUGCAGGUCUAUUUGAAGAUUUGGACAGCCAUACCAAUCUUGGAAUUGACAGCUAUGGUGUUUCCAUGACAUCCUUGGAUGAGGUUUUCUUAAAAUUGGAGGAAGAAUCAGAAAUAGAUCAAGCAGAUUAUAGCGUUUUUACCAAGGAUCCAGCACCGGAUGUAAUAGCAAAUGAAGAAGACAUUUGCAUUGACUGCAUUGAUCACCAGCUACUGACUUUCCCAGAAACUAACUCGGCAAUGUUGACUGGCAUUGCUCUGUGGCAACACCAAUUUCGCACCAUAGCAUGGUUGCGUUUGAUGAAUUUCAGUCGAGAACGCAGUGCACUCCUUUAUAUCAUUUACAUAAUCGGCCUUUUGAUAUCCAUUGUGGUUAUGAUGGCUUUAUUAAACGGUACUCUUAGUCGAAAGGAUGUUUCAGUGGAACUAUCCCCUGAGUUAAUUCUACUCCAUCAAGAACAAAACCCCCAAAAAUAUACCACUAGUCUUCUUCUGAAAAAUUCUACAGGCAGUAAUAUUGAUAAACUUGUCCACGCUUUUGAAGCACAGAGCGUGAAAGUGGAGAUGUUCAAUGAUAGUGAAUUCACGGAUGUUGCUCCACACAAUGCAGCACUAAAUGUGUCACUUUCAGAAGAGAAACAGUACAUGUUCACAGCAGUGUUCAACAGCACAGUGAUUCACUCACUGCCGGUGUUAAUCAACAUGAUCAGUAAUGCCCUCCUCAUUAGCGUAAAUGGUUCCGGUGGAAUUCACACGUGGAGCAAACCAUUCCACUUAACAAUCACAGAUGCUGAUUUUAAGGAAAAGGUUUAUAUGGCUUUGGCAGUUUUGGGGUUGUUAUCAGCAGCCUUGCCAGGAUGCUACACCAUGGAUAAUUCACGAGAUCGUGAGAUUAAAUCUCGCUCCCAACUUCGGCUUUCUGGCCUCUUUCCUUCUGCAUACUGGUGUGGUUAUGCUUUGGUGGAUAUUCCAGUUUAUUUUGGCAUAGUUGUAAUCAUGCUUGGCUGUGUGAUUGCAUUUAAUUCCACAUCUUUGCUUCAUACUGGUGCUGUAAUUUCAAUGAUGCUAUGUCUUAUUGGCUGGGCCCCAGCAAUGACGCUGUUCUCCUACGCCUAUUCCUUCAGAUUUGAUCGAAUGCAGACUUCUCGGGACUUUUUUCUGAUCUCUUCAGUUAUUAUCAAUAUAAUUUCAAUCAGUCUCAUAUUUUUGGUCCGGUUAAUACUAAAGGAAACAGCUGCCAAUAUGCUGCAUGGCGCUUUGUCACUUUUUAUUCCACCAUAUGUGAUUACAGGAUGCUUGUAUUACACAGCCAAGGUUUUUCUGGAUCAUAAGGAUGAACCCAGUCUAACAGUAGGGACAUAUCUGGAAUGGAAACAGAACAUCCUCAUAACUAUAAUCUCACCCUACAUUCAAUGCAUAAUUUUGCUGCUUGUACUACGCCAACUAGAAAAGAUUCAUGGAGGAAAAGCAAUUCAAGCGGAUAAAUGUUGCAGAAUCUUUCCCUCAAAGAGCAAAUUCAAAAUAAAUACAGAAGAACCUGAUAAUGAGGAUGAUGAUGUCAAAGAAGAAAGGGCAAGGGUUCGGGAAGCAUUGACGUGUCAGAGCUGCGAGGAGAAACCGGUGAUUGUGGUCAGUAACUUGCGUAAAGUUUACACUGGGAAACCGCAGGUCUGCAAGUGUUUUUCAAAGCAAAAAAAUAAAAAUGUAGUGGCAACUAAAAAUGUCUCCUUUUGUGUAAGAAAAGGUGAAGUUCUGGGAUUAUUGGGCCCAAAUGGUGCUGGAAAAAGCACUACUAUUUCCGUGCUCACAGGCGACUUGGAACCAUCAGCUGGCCAGGUAUUGAUGGGGGAUUACUCAACUGAAUAUUUGCAAAGAGAAAGCUCUGUAGAAAGUAUAGGCUAUUGUGCACAGGUGAACCCACUCUGGCCUAAGCUUACUGUGCAGGAACAUCUGGAGAUAUAUGCUGCCAUCAAGGGACUCAGUAGAGAAGAUGCAGCAAAUGCUAUUAAACGCAUUGUAAAAGCUCUUGAACUGAAGGAAUAUCUCCAGAAAUCAACAAAGAAAGUCUCCAGUGGGAUAAAGAGGAAAGAGAGCAAUUCGGGCUGCAUUCAAGGAUAGACAACGUGGUGCCAUCCUGACAACACACUAUAUGGAGGAAGCUGAAGCACUUUGUG